AUGAAGGUACAACGCUGUACCUCGUUCCGGUUGGCAGUGGCACUGCUAGUAGUGGUGAUGACAAUCCAUGUACAUGUCCUGCCAGUGACUGCCAGAGGUUCCAUUCGAUACCGAUACUUGCAAGACACGAAUACCAAUCGAAGUGGCACGGUCGAUGAUAGUCCUUUCCAGAAUACUACUUCUCAAGGCAUUCCCGACGUUUCGACGGGUGACAACGAUAGUGACAAGGACCACGAAGUGGCGUUGAUUCGGUUGGACUAUCUUUUCUUCUCUCACGUGGAUUGGGCUACCACAGCAGGUCCCACAGACGAAGUCUAUCAGGCAUUGGCGUGUCAGACGGAUGCGUUCUUUACGCAUCUCUUGCAAACCCAAUUGGAAACAGUCCUGCGUGUGUCAUUGCGUGUAAAGGAAUGGAACUUUGCGCCUCCCAUUUUUGACAAUCUUCCCCAGUUUCGGAUCACCUUUGAAAUUCUCGCCUAUUACGACGAUCGAUUCGUUUACGACAUGGCCGUCGAUGCACGACAAAUCGUGGCGGAAAUUGAUGCCGCUGCCGACUUUCAAGCGUACAUUACCAAUUAUGCGUGGUUGUCCUAUCCCAUUGACGGCGAUGCCACGGCGGUAUUGCGAGGCAUCAAUCGACUCGCCUACGAUGCGGCACCCGCUCUCGCGGGAGAAACGUUCCUCUACGAUACCGUCACGUGUCCACCACUCAAUCAAGCCGCAUCCACUUGGCAGUUUGGAUUCUUCGAUGACUACGACAGUAACAACAAUGGCAUUGAACCACUCGAUAUUCAAGCACUGGCGUGUCAAAUGCGUUCCUUUGUCGAAGCCUCAUUGUCCAAAUACAAUUACGGAGCGGCUAUUGAAGCGACACUCCAACGAUUGGAUUGGAACUAUAACGACAAUGACCAGGAACAUCCCUUGACCGUCACGGUGGAUAUCACGGCGAUGCUGAUACACCACAAUGGAGAUCACACCACCCUCUCCUCGUCCGAUAUCACGCAAGUGCUUCAAGGGACCACUGAUCUGGUCGAUUUUCUACAAAACUAUGUACAUACGACCACAACAACAACAACUAAUAGUAAUGUUUGGACCAAUGUCAAGCAAGUAGUGGUCGAAGCGGGGAUGCAAGAUAUUGACACGAGCGACGCCGAAUGGAACUCGGACACCAUUUGUCCCGAACGAACCGAGGCUACAGUUGCAUCGCCCGUAGAGAAUGCGUCAGCAUUGCCACCCACGGAAGAUACAGCAGUAUCGCCUCCCGCGGAUGAUGCCGCUGCAUCGCCACCCACGGAGGCGCCUAUUGUCAUCGAUGCCGCAUCGCCACCUCCGACCGAGGCACCCAUGGUCGUGCAAGCCACGAGUGCUACUGUUGAUGAUGAUGAAGAAGAUGCGGAAGCAGAGGAAACGGUAGAACAAGCAGAGGAGGAGCCCCAAGUGGACAUUGGUGUCGUCGUGACGAAAAAUCCUAGACCAGAGGAACAGUCACAAGAAGCCGAGCAGACAGAACAAGCAGACGACAAUUCAUCGAAUAGUGCUGGGGUCGUCGUGACGAGACAUCCUCAACCAACGCCGGCGCCCAUGAUGGAGCAAACUGAAGACAACAGCAACACUGCUGAUGCUACUUCCGAUGCAGCCGAAGAUAAUAAUACCUCCGAAAACGCGGACGAUACUGGUGCUGAUACUGGUGCUGAUAGUGAUGCUGCCACGUCGGAUGGCAACACUACUGCCGAUGCCGUGGAGGUAGACUUUUUGAAAACGUGUCUUACGGCCUUGUUGGAAGCUGAUAUAGAUGACGACCGACAGUUGAAUCAAAUGGAAUAUGUACAACUCCUCAACAUACUGUGGAAUAAUGUUUACGAGGGAUAUCCCUUUGUGGCGUUGCCCUUGUCCUUGCGGGCCAACUUUGACACCUUUGUCUCCGCUGCCACGGGAGAAAUUGAGUUGGAUAUUGUGGAACGACCACCAAAUACAAAGAACAUUUUCAUGAGAGAAAGCGUGGGAGAAAGCAACCAAGUAGUGGCACAACCAAGAGUGCAAAUAUCGUUGCCAACGUUGGGGCUAGAGAAGCACCAGGAGCACCGUGAUGACAUUUGUCGCGAGACUCAAACGGCCUUUUUGGAGACUGCGUCGUUACAGCAGCAGCAAUCUUCAUCACCCGUACGACUGGAAAUUGUAACACCAGUGUUGGCGUACAAUCUUCUUGGAAUGGAAACACCCGAUGACUUUUGGGAGAAUGCCACCGAUGUAAAGCCGGCAUUUGAAAUCUUUCUCAGAGAUCAUGUUGUCCCUGCCAUGGAUGCAGUGCUCUUGCAAGAGCGCCGCCGCCAUGGCGUGCUCCGAAGGAGGCGAGGCUUGAGCACGGAUGCGGCCAAUGAUCGGUAUUGGGUCCUGACUGACACGGCCAGCUUGAAAGAUGUCCAGGGAACACGCUGUCCCUUGGACAUCCCUCAAGACGCUUCCUGUUUGACAGUCACAACAGGGUUUGAUGUCUUUGUGCUGACUGACGACGCAGACGAUGAGUCGCGUACCAACCGCAUUUCCGAGGCGGCAGAGCAGGCUACGCAAGAAGGAAUCAGCAGUGGCAAGCUCCAGGACUCCUUGGACGGAUACAACCCGAAUAGUCCAUGGAUUUUGCUGGCAGCUCCCAGUGAUGCUGCAGCACCGACGACGGCUGGGACGCCAGGCGAUGUGGGAGAAAACCAGGAUGGCGAUGUGGGUGCAGUAGUGAACGGAACUACAACUCUGGGGAACACGCAGUGCGGAGACGAUGCGGCAGAAGAUUGCGAAUCGUUCGGGGAGAAAUACAUGUGGCCCAUCAUAAUAGUUGUCUGCGUGGUGGUGCUUCUGUGCAUUCUGCUACUCCCGAUUUGCAUUUGGGGUCGCUACCCUUGUUUCGGUCGAAAAGCAACAGAGUCCACCGCCAAACCCGUAGGAGGUGCAAAAGAUUCCAGCACUGACGAAGGAAACGAAAUGAAUAACUCAUCGCGGCGCAGUCGUGGGAGUCGGGGACGUGUUCGACCCAGUGAUGACAUGGGCAUCUCAUCCGAUGGCAGCCGAGGGACUCGGGGACGGGUUCGACCUCGCGAUGACAUGGGCAUCUCAUCCGGUUGCAGCCGCGGGAGUGGGGGGCGCACUCGGGCGGACGAGAUUCGUCGCAAUCGGGCUGCAUCGAGGGACUUUCCGUUCCUUCGCAGCCGUUCCUUCUCUGGAUCUACUGACGAGCCAACAGCACCGCGACCACGAAGGCAACUGCCACGUCGGACGAAAUCACUGGAUGGAGAUGCACGUUUUGAAGGCAGGAUUCGAGGGCCCAGAAGAGCAACACCUCGUCGGACAACCUCGAUGGACGGAGAUCCUCGCUUCGACACAAGCAGAGGAAACCCCCUCCGCCGAGUGAAUUCGGUGGACAGUGGCUCGUCGUUGGUGCUACAGGACAAGCUGGGGCUUCGUCGAUCAAGCACAGAACCUGGCAGUCGUCGGAUGAGACCUCUCCGGGCAAAGUCAUUUGAUGGAGACUCUCGACCACUCCGACCACUCCAACGUCCUGGAUUUCGGAGGGCUAACUCCUUUGGAGGAGACGAUCGCUUUACUCAAGAGUCUCGUCGACGCCCUCGGCCUGGGAUACAAGGGGCAGAGGACAGUGGGUCCGUCGUUGGUGCCAACAGUGACAAGCUGGGGCUUCGUAGAUCAAACACAGAACCCGGCAGUGCCAACAGUGACAAGCUGGAUCUUCGUCGAUCAAACACAGAACCUGGCAGUCGUCGGAGGAGACCUCUCCGGGCAAAGUCAUUUGAUGGAGACUCUCGACCACUCCAACGUCCUGGUAUGCAGAGAUCAAAUUCCUUUGGAGGAGACGAUCGUUUUAGUGAAGAGUCUCGCCCACGGCCACGAAGGCGUAUGCCUCGUCGUUCACGCUCUAUGGAUAACUGA